UCUAUUUAAUGGCAACUCACUCAGCAAUUUAAUGCUCCACAUACUUGAAGCAACAAAAUCAUACUUUAGCUGGAAGAGGAAUUGCUGUUGCUUUAGACAUUUGACAGAUGGAUCUCAGAGUUGCUAAAAUUAGUGGGAAAUUCGGGUUGCUGCCUCUGCACAAAAGGUUAGGAAGGCCAACUUCUAUACACAUUGGCAAGAAGAACAACAUGAAAAAGUUCAUUGUUAAUGGUGCCAGCUCGGGCGAAUCAGGGCCUGGGAGAAUGGUAGACGAGGAUAUGUUAGUUUUGAGAAAACGAAUGUAUGAGGUGAGAAUGGAGGAAAUAAAUUAUAUCCCUCCACAUCACUGGAUGGAGUGGGAAAAAAAGUGGUAUCCCACAUAUAAUUCAGAUGUGUGUUCUUCCCUCAUGUGGCUGCAAAACAUUCUGCUUAACACAAGACCUGGCGUUACCAUGGCCACUGUACUUUCAAUUUCGUUGAGCGUGCCAGCAUGUCUAUUGCUUCUCCUUAUUCAAUGCUCAAUUACUCUCAAUGGACUAAAUCCGCAGUUUCUCAGCUUUUUGAGUCGAUAGUUUCCCAAAGGAAAACUUUUAUUAGAAAGUUGUUCCCGUUUGUGGACCAUAUUGUCAUUUUGAUUAGCCUCCAACACAAAUAUAUGUCCUUAUAUUCCUCUUAUUAUGAGAUUAUGUCCAGGAAUAUCUGUGUUUCUUAACUCAUAAGAUUUUAAGAUGUCCAGAUUAUUGCUUAAGCAAACGUUGCCUAAGAUUUUGUCAUCAGAUGUAUUGAACGCACUUUGCAAUUACUCUCAAUGGACUAAAUCCGCAGUUUCUCAGUUUUUUGAGUCGGUAGUUUCGCAAAAGCAAACCUUUAUUAGAAAGUUGUUUCCGGUUUUGGGCCAUAUUGUCAUUUUGAUUUGCUUACAACACAAAUAUAUGUCGUUAUAUUUUUCUUAUUUUUAUAUCAGAUCUAUGAGAUUAUUUAUGUC